GCCAGAGGGGGAUUACGUACUUUGUUUGUUUGCAGUUUCUGAGUUUUCCUUUUCUUUGUGUGUGUGUUGGGGUGUGUUUGGACAAAGUUUUCUGAACCCGCACAGACCCUCCGACACCCGCAGAGACCCGCAGAGACCCGGAUCUCGGCUGACGGGCCCGGGCCAGUCGGCAGUCGGCAGUUUGGAGCGCUUUGCGGGGCUAGCUGUUAGCAUCGUUAGCAGGGAUUAGCAGCGGGGCGCCGCUGUGAUGGAGUUCCUGGCAGGAGGACAGCAGCUGCUGGCCGCGGGACAGCCGCCGAGCGGAGGCAGCGUCCCGGCCUUCCUCACCAAGCUCUGGACCCUGGUGGAGGACCCGGAAACGGACCCGCUGAUCUGCUGGAGCCCGAGUGGAGCCAGUUUCCAUGUGUUCGAUCAGGGUCGCUUCUCCAAAGAAGUUCUUCCAAAGUUCUUCAAGCACAACAACAUGGCCAGCUUCAUCCGCCAGCUCAACAUGUACGGCUUCAGGAAGGUGGUGCACAUCGAGCAGGGCGGCCUCGUCAAGCCGGAGCGCGACGACACCGAGUUCCAGCACAGCUUCUUCAUCAGAGGACACGAAGAGCUGCUGGAGAAGAUCAAACGCAAAGUCACUAACGUUCCAGCCGUGCGUCAGGAGGAAACAAAGUUCACCGGAGAAGAAAUCAACAAAAUCCUGACUGACGUCCAGCUGAUGAAGGGAAAACAGGAGAGCAUCGACUUCAGGAUCGUCGCCAUGAAACAUGAGAACGAGGCUCUGUGGAGAGAAGUGGCCCUCCUGAGGCAGAAGCACACACAGCAGCAGAAGGUCGUCAACAAGGUAGAACCCUCAGUGGAACCCUCAGUAGAACCCUCAGGAGAACCCUCAGGAGAACCCUCAGUAGAACCCUCAGGAGAACCCUCAGGAGAACCCUCAGUGGAACCCUCAGUGGAACCCUCAGGAGAACCCCCAGUGGAACCCCCAGUGGAACCCUCAGUGGAACCCCCAGUAGAACCCUCAGUAGAACCCUCAGUAGAACCCCAGUGGAACCCUCAGUGGAACCCUCAGGAGAACCCCA